GCGGUAAAUUAGAUUCUUGUUUCAUUCAGACAGGACUUUACUGAUGCUUCUGAAUCAGCGACAAAGCCUUGUCAGAAUCUUGCGUGUCUGCACAAAGAAUGGACUUUCUGAUCAAGGCCGUCAAGUUCACUGCUUUCUUCUCAAGUCUGGAUCGUGCUUAGAUCUGUUCACAAGCAAUUAUCUUAUAGAUAUGUAUAGCAAAUGCAGAGAACCCAUCAUCGCCCACAAGGUGUUCGACAAAAUGCCUGAGAGAAACGUUGUUUCGUGGACGGCUCUCAUGAGUGGAAAUGUACUGAACGGCGACCUUAACGGAUCAUUAUCUCUCUUCAGCGAGAUGGUGCGGGAUGGUGUUAACCCAAACGAGUUCACUCUCUCGACGAAUCUUAAAGCUUGCGGCUUGCUUAACGCACUUGAAAAGGGGUUGCAGAUACAUGGGUUUUGUUUGAAGAUGGGGUUUGAGAUGAUGGUUGAGGUUGGGAACUCUUUGGUUGAUAUGUACUCAAAAUGUGGAGGGAUUAGUGAAGCUGAGAGAGUGUUUGGUUCGAUGGUUGAUACUAGUUUGAUAACGUGGAAUGCUAUGAUAGCUGGGUAUGUACAUUCAGGGUAUGGUGGUAGAGCUUUGGAUAUGUUUAGGAUGAUGCAAGAAAGACCGGACAAGUUCACGUUGACUAGCUUGUUGAAGGCUUGCAGUAGCAUUGGUAUGAUCCAUGGAGGAAAAGAGAUUCAUGGCUUUUUAGUCAGGAGUGGGUUUCCUUGUUCAAGUUCGGCAACUAUAACAGGUUCUCUGGUUGAUUUGUAUGUCAAGUGUGGUGAUCUCUUUGGUGCUAGGAAAGCUUUUGAUCAAAUCAAGGAGAAGACGAUGAUCUCGUGGAGUUCACUGAUUCUUGGAUAUGCUCAAGAGGGUGACUUUGUGGAGGCGAUGAGUUUGUUUAGGGGACUACGAGAGUUAAGCUCUCAGAUAGACAGUUUUGUUCUUUCUGGUAUCAUUGGCGUCUUUGCUGACUUUGCCCUCUUGCGUCAAGGGAAGCAAAUGCAAGCACUUGUUGUUAAACUCCCAUCUGGGUUAGAAACAUCUGUUUCAAACUCAAUGGUGGACAUGUAUCUCAAGUGUGGGUUAGUUGAUGAGGCUGAGAAAUGCUUUGACGAAAUGCAGUCCAGAGAUGUGAUCUCCUGGACUGUAAUGAUCACUGGCUACGGGAAGCAUGGGCUUGGGAAGAAAGCAGUUAGUGUUUUUAAACAAAUGUUGGGACAUAAGAUUGAGCCUGAUGAUGUAUGCUACUUAGCUGUACUCUCAGCUUGUAGCCAUUCUGGUUUGAUCAAAGAAGGAGAAGAACUUUUUUCAAAGUUACUAGAGACGCCUGGGAUCAAACCUAGAGUAGAGCACUACGCUUGCGUUGUUGAUCUAUUAGGACGAGCUGGUCGUUUGAAGGAAGGUAAACAUCUGAUUGACACAAUGCCUGUUAAACCGAACGUUGGAAUAUGGCAAACACUUCUUAGCGGAUGUAGACUACACGGAGACAUCGAACUAGGGAAAGAAGUAAGUGAGAUUCUUUUGAGGAUUGAUGGAAACAAUCCUGCAAAUUACGUGAUGGUGUCCAACCUUUAUGGACAAGCUGGUUACUGGCAGGAACAUGGGAAGGCAAGAGAGGUUGGGAAGACAAAAGGGUUGAAGAAAGAAGCUGGUAUGAGCUGGGUAGAGAUUGAGAGAGAGGUUUGUUUCUUCCGUAGCGGAGAGGAUUCACAUCCCUUGACACCAAGGAUCCAUGAAACUUUGAGAGAAGUUGAAAGAAGAAUGAGAGAAGAGUUGGGGUAUGUUUACGGCUUGAAGCAAGAGAUGCAUGAUAUAGACGAUGAGUCGAAAGAGGAGAAUCUAAGAGCUCAUAGCGAGAAGCUAGCGAUUGGUUUGGCGUUGGCGUCAGGGGGUUUGAACCAGGAAGGAAAGACGAUAAGAGUGUUCAAGAACUUGAGGGUGUGCGUAGAUUGUCAUGAGUUCAUCAAGGGGUUGUCUAAGAUCAUGAAGAUAUCGUUUGUUGUGAGAGAUGCUGUUCGGUUUCACAGUUUUGAAGAUGGUUGUUGUUCGUGUGGAGAUUACUGGUGACUCGUUAAGCUUGAUUUACUUCCGCUAUUAUUAUACAACUGGGUUUCAUGCAAAAGUCUUAAACUAUAGAGCUAUUCAGAAGGAAAAGAAUGGUUACAAACAAGCCUCUACAGCAAUGGCACAAUCUCAGUUGAUAAAAUUUCAAAAUUUCAUCUAAUCUAUUAAUUUAAGGUUCUAUUUUUAUCUACUAUUAACAAGUCAUAGUAGGACCACUUAAAGAAUUAGUCAAUAUGACAUAUUUGAUUAUUUGUAUUAACAAUAAACCAACUAUAAAUAUAUUAACAAUAAAC